AUGGCAGAACAACCGGUACAUUCUCCUGCCAUGGAACAAGAAAACAAAUUGUCGACGGCACACGUCGAGGACUCUCAGCAUACUAUCCCCGAGAAGACUCACAAUGGCGACACGGCACUUGCGCUGUUCGCCCAUGGAGAUGGUCAAAAUGAACCGAUCGAUCCAGCAGAGGACAAGCGACUGGUACGCAAAAUAGACUGGAUGAUUUUGCCCUUCUUAUCAAUUUGCUAUGCGUUCUACUAUAUUGACAAAACCACCCUCUCCUAUGCGGCUAUAUUCGGCAUCAACGAGGAUCUAGGUCUCUCAGGCGAGCAGUAUUCCUGGCUAUCCAGUGUAUUCUACUUUGGCUUUCUGGUCUGGAGUGUACCGACAAACUUCCUCCUCCAGAAGUUCCCAGUGGGCAAAUAUCUGGGUGUAAAUAUUAUUCUCUGGGGAGUCUUUCUAAUGCUCCAAGCCGUUGCAAAAAACUUCGUCCAACUCGCCGUCCUUCGUGUCAUCUCCGGAGCCGCAGAAGCAUGCAGUGACCCGGCUUUUAUGCUGAUCACGAGCAUGUGGUACACUCGUCGUCAGCAGCCUAUUCGAAUUGGUCUGUGGUAUACGGCAAACGGUGCUGGCAUUGCCAUCGGUGGCUUACUGGGUUAUGGCAUCGGGCAGAUCAAAGGUGCACUCGCUUCAUGGAAAUAUGAAUUUCUUAUCAUCGGUGCGCUCUGUUCUAUCUGGGGUAUUGUGAUUACUAUCUUCCUGCCUGAUUCACCCGUCACAACGCGGUACCUUUCCAACCGAGAGAAGUGGGUUGCUAUCGAGCGGCUACGAGAUAACCAGACCGGAGUCGAGAACAAGCAUCUCAAAUGGGCCCAGGUCUGGGAAGCAUUGACAGACUGGAAGGUGUGGACAUUUCUUCUACUAGGACUGUCAGGGAAUAUACCCAACGGUGGUAUCUCAAACUUCGGAACUCUGAUCAUUCAAGGCUUUGGCUUUUCCACUCUGGUCACAACCCUCAUGCAAAUUCCCUACGGCACGCUCAUAGCCAUCCUAAUCCUCCUCGCCGUCUUCCUCAACGACCGCCUCCCACCGAAUAACCGCUGCUACGUGACCAUCCUCUUCCUUCUCCCCAACGUCGCCGGUUCAUUCGGCCUCGCAUACAUCCCUGAAUCCAACAAAGUUGGCCGGUUGAUCUGUUACUAUCUCACGGGAUCCUACAACGCUUCAUUUGUACUCAUUCUCUCAAUACUCACUGCGAAUAUCGCCGGGCAUACGAAGAAGGUCGUCACGAAUGCUAUGAUCUUCCUGGGUGUUUGUGCGGGUAACAUCGCAGGGCCAUUCUUUUACAAAGACAGCCAGGCGCCGCGCUACCCGCUGGGGAUCUGGUCGAUGAUCGUGGCGAAUUUUAUCGAGAUUGCUCUGGUGCUUAUGCUGAGGGUUGCGUUGGCGUUGGAGAAUCGGAGACGGGAUCGGGUGCAGGCUGAGCAGGGACGGAGGGACCUCGAUGAGACGGCAUUUAGUGAUUUGACAGACAAGGAGAAUCUCAACUUUCGGUAUAUUUACUAG